GGUGGGAAAACGCAAUGCUGCAUCAAAGAUGGCUUAUUAUCAACCUGCAUUUGAUUUAUUUAGGAAUAGUAGUGUGAAAGAAUAAGUGGCGCUCUCCGAGAAGACAAGGCGGAGAGCUGGUGGUAGCUGUCGCGAGCAGUGUUAGCACUCUCGCUGCACUACGCACCUCUUGCUCUCUACGUGCGCAAACGUUAACUUGCCUCUACUCUGCUAGCUAGUUAGCUCACAUAGUAAAUAUUAGCUCGCCAAGCAAGCUUGCUUAUUGUAGAUUGCUAAAAUGGCCACCAUGGAGAAAUUGAUGAAGGCCUUUGAGUCUCUGAAGUCAUUCCAGCAGCAGCAGGGACCACCGACCGCCGAGGAGCUCGCUCAGAGGCAGUAAAAAAAAGGAGCAAGCUGCCACAAAGAAGGACAGGGUGACCCACUGUCUGACAAUAUGUGAAAACAUUGUGGCUCAGUCACUGAGAACAUCUCCAGAGUUUCAGAAACUGCUUGGCAUUGCCAUGGAGAUGUUCCUGCUCUGCAGCGAUGACAGUGAAUCAGAUGUUCGGAUGGUAGCCGAUGAGUGCCUGAACAAAAUAAUCAAAGCACUGAUGGACUCCAACUUGCCUAGACUGCAGCUGGAAUUGUACAAAGAAAUUAAAAAGAAUGGUGCCUCUCGGAGUCUGAGGGCAGCUUUAUGGAGGUUUGCUGAGCUUGCCCACCUCAUCAGACCGCAGAAAUGCAGACCUUACCUGGUCAACCUGUUGCCGUGCCUCACCAGAAUCACAAAGCGGCAGGAAGAGACUGUGCAGGAGACACUUGCUACAGCAAUGCCCAAGAUCAUGUCUGCCCUGGGACACUUUGCCAAUGAUGGUGAAAUCAAGGUGCUGCUGAAGGCAUUUGUGGCUAAUCUGAAGUCCAGCUCCCCGACCAUUAGACGGACAGCAGCCAGUUCAGCUGUUAGUAUUUGCCAGCACUCCAGACGCACCAGCUACUUCUACACCUGGCUCCUUAAUGUGCUUCUGGGUCUGUUGGUUCCGGUGGAUGAUGACCACUCCAGCCAUCUAAUACUGGGGGUGCUGCUAACUCUUCGUUACCUGAUGCCUCUGCUGCAGCAGCAUGUCAACUCCACUAGUCUUAAAGGAAGCUUUGGUGUCAUGAGAAAGGAAGCUGAUGUACAGCCAACACCCGAACAACUGCUGCAGGUGUAUGAGCUAACCCUACACUACACACAGCACUGGGAUCACAAUGUGGUCACAGCUGCUCUGGAGCUGCUGCAGCAGGUCUUCAGGACUCCCCCACCAGAGCUUCUGCAUAUGCUCAUUACUGCUGGUAGCAUCCCACAUGCCACCGUUUUUCGUCAGGACACUGAGAACCGCUCACGUUCUGGCAGCAUCCUUGAAUUCAUUGCGGGGGGAGGGUCUUCCUGCAGUCCACUCCUUCUCAGGAAACAGAGAGGUAAAAUGCUCUCUGGAGAGGAGGAUGGGUUGGAGGAUGACCCUGAGAGGACUGAGGUCACUACUGGUGCUUUCACAGCAUCAGUUGUUGGUGCAGACGGCUCCUCUGCAGCCCAGGUGGACAUCAUCACUGAACAGCCUCGGUCUUCCCAGCAUGCUCUGCAGCCUGGUGAUUCUGUGGACCUCAGUGCCUCCUCAGAACAGGGCGGUGGCGGAGGUGGGACAUCUACAUCAGGCACUCCAGAGUCACCCAAUGACAACGAGGAGGAAAUGCUCAGUCGGAGCUCCAGUGGUGGGGCAAAUGUUACCCCAGAGACUGCUGACUACACCACCCCAGAGAAUGCGACUCCAGAGGGAGGGCUUCUAGGAGAAAGUGGGACACUGCUAGGCACUAAUGAUCGCUCACUUCCACCCAGCGACUCCUCCCAAACCACCACAGAGGGACCGGACUCAGCUGUCACCCCUUCGGAUGUAGCAGAACUGGUUCUGGAUGGCAGUGAGAGUCAGUACUCUGGAAUGCAGAUUGGAACACUACAGGAUGAAGAAGAUGAAGGAACAGCACCUUCCUCCCAAGAAGAACCCCAAGAACCAUUCCUGCAGUCAGCACUUGCUCUUAGCAAGCCUCAUCUCUUCGACGGCCGCGGUCACAACCGGCAGGGUUCAGACAGCAGUGUGGACCGUUUCAUACCAAAGGAUGAACCUGCUGAACCCGAGCCCGAUAACAAGCCAUCACGCAUAAAAGGUCCAAUUGGGCACUAUACAGACCACAGUGCUGAGCCAUUAGUGCACUGUGUCCGGCUUCUUGCUGCUUCCUUCCUACUGACAGGACAAAAAAAUGGCUUGAUUCCUGACAAAGAGGUGCGAGUAAGUGUGAAAGCCUUGGCUCUCAGCUGUGUUGGAGCAGCGGCAGCGCUGCAUCCUGAUGCCUUCUUUAACUCCCUCUAUUUGGAGCCGCUGGACGGCGUUCCAGUUGUAGAGCAACAAUAUAUUAGUGAUGUCCUGGGCCUCGUUGACCAUGGAGACCCCCAGAUUAGAGGAGCUACAGCUAUCCUAUGUGCAGCCAUCAUACAGGCUGCGCUCACCAAAACACGUUUCAACAUACACACUUGGCUGGCCAGUGUGCAGAGUGCAACAGGUAACCCACUGUCCCUGGUGGACUUGGUGCCUUUGCUUCAGAAGACUUUGAAAGAUGAAUCCUCUGUCACCUGCAAGAUGGCUUGCUCUGCAGUGAGGCACUGCAUCACAACUAUUUGCAGCAGUACCCUGAGUGAGCUUGGCCUGCAGUUGGUGAUUGACCUCUUUGCGCUGAAGGACUGCGGCUAUUGGCUUGUUCGCACUGAGCUCUUGGAAACUCUGGCAGAAUUAGACUUCCGAUUAGUUAAUUUUUUGGAGAGGAAAACUGAGACUUUACAUAAAGGAGAUCAUCACUACACUGGGCGUCUGCGGCUGCAAGAUAGAGUCCUGAAUGAUGUGGUCAUACAUCUGUUGGGAGAUGACGAUCCAAGAGUACGGCACGUGGCUGCCUCUGCGGUCAGAAGACUAGUUUCCAGGUUGUUCUAUGACUGUGACCAAGGCCAGGUUGACCCAGUGGUAGCAAUCGCCCGAGACCAGAGUUCAGUCUAUCUGCAGCUGCUUAUGCAUGAGACACAACCCCCAUCCCAGUUCACAGUUAGCACAAUCACAAGGACAUACCGAGGCUACAACAUGUCCAACACUAUCUCUGAUGUCACGUUGGAGAACAACUUGUCCAGAGUAGUUGCUGCCGUCUCGCAUGCUUUGACCUCGUCUACCUCCAGAGCUCUAACUUUUGGCUGCUGUGAGGCCUUGUGCCUUCUAGCUUCAAAUUUUCCAGUGGGCAAUUGGAGCACAGGCUGGCACUGUGGCUAUGUUAGCUCCAAUAGCAACUUUUCAUCCCGUUCUAGUCUUAACCGCAGUAGGGGCAGAACCCUCAGUUUAUCACAGCCUAGCAGUGCUCCAGCCUCUUCAACCACCUCAUCUGCACCAGAUGCAGAGCGGAGAACUCUGACUGUAGGAAUUGCCAACACAGUGCUCUCCUUAUUGUCUUCUGCCUGGUUUCCACUGGAUCUCUCUGCGCAUCAGGAUGCGCUGUUACUUUCUGGAAACCUCAUAGCUGCUGUGGCUCCUAAAUGUAUGCGUAAUCCCUGGGUUGGGGAGGAAGAAGGCAGCAGUGGGACCAGUAGUGGAGGCCCAAGUAAGUUGGAGGAACCCUGGGCCGCGCUAUCAGAACGCUCCCUGGUGGUCAUGGUGGAGCAACUCUUUUCCCAUCUGCUGAAGGUCCUCAACAUCUGUGCCCAUGUGUUGGAUGAUACACCACCAGGACCAGCAAUGAAGGCCACUCUCCCCUCCCUGAGCAACACCCCCUCCCUCAGUCCCAUUCGUAGGAAAGGCAAGGAGAAGGAGGUUGCCGACCCCAGUGCCACCCCUAUGAGCCCAAAGAAAGGCAGUGAGGCCAACACAGGUAGGCCAACAGACAGUACAGGCUCAACAACUGUAAACAAAUCGACCACCUUUGGCAACUUCUACCACCUGCCUCCCUACCUCAAGCUCUAUGAUGUGCUCAAAGCUACGCAUGCCAACUAUAAGGUUACGUUGGACCUUCACAGUAGCCAAGAAAAGUUUGGAAGUUUCCUGCGCGCUACAUUAGAUGUUCUUUCUCAGCUGCUGGAGUUAGCCACACUUCAUGACAUCGGGAAGUGUGUGGAGGAAAUUUUGGGCUACCUCAAGUCCUGCUUCUCCAGAGAACCAACCAUGGCCACAGUUUGUGUGCAACAGCUGUUGAAGACACUAUUUGGGACCAACCUGGCCUCCCAGUAUGAGGGCGUGUUGAGUGGACCCAGUCGGUCCCAGGGCAAAGCUCUACGUCUUGGCUCUUCCAGCUUGCGGCCAGGACUCUACCACUACUGCUUCAUGGCUCCAUACACUCACUUUACCCAGGCUCUUGCUGAUGCAAGCCUCCGUAACAUGGUGCAGGCUGAACAGGAUCAGGAUACCUCUGGAUGGUUUGAUGUAAUGCAAAAAGCAUCCAAUCAACUGAGAUCCAGCAUCACAAAUGCAGCGCGUCACAGAGGAGACAAGAAUGCCAUUCAUAACCACAUUCGACUGUUUGAGCCGUUGGUGAUCAAAGCUUUGAAGCAGUAUACCACCAGCACAUCUGUGGCGCUGCAAAGACAAGUACUGGACCUGCUUGCUCAGCUUGUGCAGCUCAGAGUCAACUACUGCCUGCUAGACUCAGACCAGGUGUUUAUUGGCUUCGUCCUGAAACAGUUUGAGUACAUUGAAGUGGGGCAGUUCAGAGAUUCAGAGGCCAUCAUUCCCAACAUCUUUUUCUUCCUGGUGCUGCUGUCUUAUGAACGCUACCACUCCAAGCAGAUUAUCAGCAUUCCCAAGAUCAUCCAGCUGUGUGAUGGCAUUAUGGCAAGUGGCAGAAAAGCUGUCACACAUGCCAUCCCAGCCUUGCAGCCUAUAGUUCACGAUCUGUUUGUCUUGAGGGGCUCAAACAAAGCUGACGCAGGCAAGGAGCUGGAUACACAGAAAGAAGUUGUGGUCUCCAUGCUGCUAAGACUUGUGCAGUACCAUCAGGUGUUGGAGAUGUUCAUUCUUGUACUGCAGCAGUGUCACAAAGAGAAUGAAGACAAGUGGAAGAGAUUAUCCAGACAGAUUGCAGACGUCAUACUUCCCAUGAUUGCCAAGCAGCAGAUGCAUCUGGACUCUCCAGAGGCAUUAGGAGUAUUAAACACUCUGUUUGAGACGGUGGCACCCUCCUCUCUCAGACCUGUUGACAUGCUGCUCAAGAGUAUGUUCACCAUCCCAGCCACCAUGGCAUCUGUAGCUACAGUCCAGCUGUGGGUAUCUGGUAUCUUGGCAGUGCUUAGGGUACUGGUCUCGCAGUCCACUGAAGACAUUGUGCUUUCCCGUGUCCAUGAGCUGGCACUCUCUCCAAAUCUCCUCUCUUGCCACGCUAUCCGCCGCCUGCAUCAGCAUAGCCCCUCCCCAAACGACCCGCCUGCUGCUGACACAAUCUACAAACAGGAAACUAAUGGUGAAACGCCAAAGGCUCCACCUGAGGAAACAUUUGCCAGAUUCCUUCUCCAGCUUGUAGGUGUGUUGUUGGAUGACAUUUCAACCAGGCAGGUUAAAGUGGAGAUCACUGAGCAGCAGCACACCUUCUACUGCCAGCAGCUGGGCACGCUGCUCAUGUGUCUCAUACACGUUUUCAAAAGUGGAAUGUUUCGCAGGAUCACAGCUGCAGCCAGCCGUCUCCUGAAGGGUGAGAAUGGACAGACAGCCACAGAGGCCAACCUCUUCUACCCCUUAGAAGGUCUGAACAGCAUGGUACAGUGCCUCAUCACCACCCACCCAUCCCUUGUGCUCCUCUGGUGCCAAGUUCUUCUCAUCAUUAACUACACCAACUACUCUUGGUGGGCUGAGGUUCAUCAGACACCCAGACGACACAGUCUCUCAUCCACAAAGCUGCUGAGCCCUCAUUCCUCAGGGGAAGGUGAAGAGGACAAGCCUGAGUCCCAGUUAGCAAUGGUUAACAGAGAGAUUGUACGCAGGGGAGCUGUAAUCCUCUUCUGUGACUAUGUGUGUCAGAAUCUCCAUGACUCGGAGCAUCUCACCUGGCUGAUUGUCAAUCAUGUUCGUGACCUCAUCAGCCUUUCCCAUGAGCCGCCAGUGCAGGACUUCAUAAGUGCUGUCCACCGCAACUCUGCUGCCAGUGGCCUCUUCAUCCAGGCCAUCCAAUCCCGCUGUGACAACCUCACUACUCCUACCAUGUUGAAAAAGACCUUACAGUGUUUGGAAGGCAUCCACCUUAGUCAGUCUGGAUCUCUACUGAUGCUAUAUGUUGACAAGCUUCUUAACACACCCUUUCGCGUUUUGGCUCGCAUGGUGGACACACUGGCGUGUCGCAGGGUAGAGAUGUUGCUGGCUGAGACCUUACAGAACAGCAUAGCACAGCUUCCUGUGGAGGAACUGGAUAGGAUCCAAGAAUAUCUCCAGAACAGUGGUUUAGCUCAGAGACAUCAGAGGUUCUACUCCCUGCUGGACAGGUUCAGAGCCACUGUUGUUGACACAAGCAGUCCCACUCCUCCAGUGACAUCACAUCCCUUGGACGGGGAUCCUCCGCCCGCUCCUGAGUUGGUCAUUGCAGACAAGGAGUGGUAUGUGGCUCUGGUGAAGUCUCAGUGCUGUCUCCGUGGAGAUGUUUCCCUGUUGGAGAUGACAGAACUUCUUACCAAACUACCUCCUGCUGAUCUCUUCAGUGUCAUGAGCUGCAAGGAGUUCAAUCUAAGCCUUCUCUGUCCAUGCUUGAGUAUGGGAAUGCAGCGGUUAGCACGCGGUCAGGGGUCACUUUUGUUGGAGACAGCGCUGCAGGUGACCCUCGAACAACUAGCAGGGGUCACCGGGUCACUUCCUGCACCUCACCAGUCUUUUCUGCCACCGUCCCAACCCCAGCCCUACUGGGACCAGCUGGGUGAUGUGUAUGAUGAACCAGGGUUCUACCCCAGAGUUUUGUCACUCUGUAGAGCACUAUCUCAAUACCUGCUAAGUGUGAGCCAGCUCCCUUCUUCACUACAUAUUCCCUCAGACAAGGAGCACCUCAUCACCACCUUCACCUGCACUGCCACUGAGGUUGUAGUGUGGCGUCUGCUCCAGGACCGGCUGCCCCUGAGCGUGGACUUGCAGUGGGCACUUUCUUGCCUGUGUCUGGCGUUGCAGCAGCCCUGCGUCUGGAACAAGCUCUCCACCCCAGAGUACACCACCCAUACCUGCUCCCUCAUUUACUGCCUUCGCCUUAUUAUUGUUGCAGUGGCUGUGAGUCCUGGUGACCAGCUGCUGCAUCAAGAGAAGAAAAUGUCAAAAGGAGAAAAAGAUGAUGGAGACCAAGUGGAUGCAGCACAUGCUGACCACAUGUGUGAGUGGCAAGCAUGUGAGAUCAUGGCUGAGCUGGUGGAGGGUCUGCCGAGCAUCCUUUCCCUUGGUCAUCGUAGAAACUCCAUUUUACCCACUUUUCUCACACCAACAUUGCGCAACAUUGUUAUCAGUCUGUCUCGGCUUCCUCUGGUCAACAGCUACACCAGAGUACCUCCACUGGUUUGGAAACUGGGCUGGUCCCCUCAGCCAGGAGGAGAGUUCGGCACAACGCUGCCUGAGAUCCCUGUGGACUUCCUUCAGGAAAAGGAUGUCUUCAGAGAGUUUCUUUACCGUAUCAAUACGUUGGGCUGGAGCAGCAGGACUCAAUUUGAGGAGACCUGGGCUACUCUACUAGGGGUGCUGGUCACCCAACCCAUCACUAAAGACCAGGAGGAGGACCCGCAACAGGAGGAGGACUUGGAACGUACCCAGUUGAAUGUGUUAGCAGUGCAAGCCAUCACCAGCCUGGUGCUGAGUGCCAUGACCCUUCCCACUCCUGGCAACCCAGCAGUUAGCUGUCUGGAACAGCAGCCUCGCAACAAGAGCCUAAAAGCCCUGGAAACACGGUUUGGAAGGAAACUUGCAGUGAUUAGAGGUGAGGUGGAGAGAGAGAUUCAAGCGCUUGUGUCAAAAAGGGACAACGUCCAUACAUACCACCCAUACCAUGCCUGGGAUCCUGUGCCCUCACUAUCAGCAGCUUCUGCAGCAGGUACGCUGAUCAGCCAUGAGAAACUGCUCCUUCAGAUCAACACAGAGAGGGAGAUGGGCAACAUGGAAUACAAACUGGGGCAGGUCUCCAUCCAUUCAGUGUGGUUGGGUAACAACAUCACGCCUCUCAGGGAGGAAGAGUGGGGUGAGGAUGAAGAAGAUGAGGCAGACACUCCGGCGCCCACCUCCCCACCUUUAUCUCCUAUAAACUCUAGAAAACACCGUGCAGGCGUGGAUAUUCAUUCAUGUUCUCAGUUUCUCCUGGAGCUCUACAGCCAGUGGCUGAUCCCCAGCUCUCCAAGUAACAGGAGAACCCCAACCAUCCUCGUCAGUGAAGUGGUCCGAUCGCUGCUGGCAGUGUCAGAUCUGUUCACAGAAAGGAAUCAGUUUGAUAUGAUGUUCUCCACCCUGAUGGAGCUGCAGAAGCACCAUCCACCCGAGGAUGAGAUCUUGAAUCAGUACCUUGUGCCGGCCAUCUGUAAGGCAGCAGCUGUUUUGGGCAUGGACAAGGUAAUAGCCGAGCCCGUGUGUCGCCUUUUGGAGACGACCCUGCGCAGCACUCACCUUCCCAGCCGCAUGGGAGCCCUGCAUGGGGUGCUGUAUGUGUUGGAAUGUGACCUUCUGGAUGACACAGCUAAACAGCUCAUCCCCACUGUCUCUGAGUACCUUCUAUCGAACCUCAAGGCUGUUGCUCACUGUGUGAACCUGCAUAACCAGCAGCAUGUGUUGGUGAUGUGUGCAGUGGCUUUCUACAUGAUGGAGAACUACCCUUUAGAUGUGGGAGCUGAAUUUAUGGCUGGAAUAAUACAGUUAUGUGGCGUGAUGGUGUCAGCCAGCGAGGACUCCACUCCCUCCAUCAUCUAUCACUGCGUGCUUCGUGGUCUUGAGCGCCUCCUUCUGUCAGAGCAGUUGUCACGGAUGGACGGUGAAGCGCUGGUCAAACUCAGCGUGGAUAGAGUCAACAUGCCAUCUCCACACAGAGCCAUGGCUGCUCUGGGCCUCAUGCUUACCUGCAUGUAUACUGCUGUGCUUACGUCGGGUUCAGACGUGACAGGGGUUAGAGGUCAGGUUGACUCUGCUGUAUCGGAGGCGGUGGGCGUCACGGCGGGUCAUGUUGGUUUCUCUUCAGGCAAGGAGAAAGCCAGUCCUGCCAGCCGCCCCGCCCAUUCUGAUCCUCAGGCCCCAGACAGCGAGUCAAUCAUUGUUGCCAUGGAGAGGGUCUCUGUGCUCUUUGACAGGAUUAGGAAGGGUUUACCCAGUGAGGCUCGUGUGGUGUCCAGGAUUCUGCCACAGUUUCUGGAUGACUUCUUUCCGCCACAGGACGUCAUGAACAAGGUCAUAGGAGAGUUCCUGUCUAAUCAGCAGCCUUAUCCGCAAUUCAUGGCGACAGUCGUCUACAAGGUUUUCCAGACACUCCACGCUACAGGCCAGUCUUCUAUGGUGCGAGACUGGGUGCUCCUGUCAUUGUCCAACUUUACUCAGAGGACACCAGUGGCCAUGGCCAUGUGGAGCCUCUCCUGCUUCUUUGUGUCUGCUUCCACCUCCCAGUGGAUCUCAGCACUACUGCCACACGUGAUCAGCCGAAUGGGCUCCAGUGAGGUGGUGGAUGUUAACCUGUUCUGCCUGGUGGCCAUGGAUUUCUACCGGCAUCAGAUUGACGAGGAGCUGGACCGCAGAGCUUUCCAGUCAGUAUUUGAGACUGUGGCCUCGCCAGGCAGCCCUUAUUACCAGCUGCUGGGCUGUCUGCAGUCAGUCCAUCAGGAUACAUCACUCUGAGGGCAACAGACGGAGAAGGGCAUGGAAGCACACGGAGAAAAGUGGUUUCAAGUGAGGUGUGGUAGGGUGAGAAAUUAGAUCUCUAUUUAUAAUUCCUGGAUGAAUUGUGACUAAGGGUAAGAACAGAAUGUUUUAUUAGGAAAAAACUACUGUAGCUUCAUCCCUUUUUGCCCUUUCAAUGAUAAUGAGAUAAGUAGAACUACUGAACCCACGGCAACAAAUUCAGUGGAGCGAGUAUUAAAAGGUUGAGGAAAAAAACUAAAAAAACCCAACCUGAAUUCAAUAUUAGGCUGUGUGUUUAAAUGUAAAAGGAGCAUUCUCUGACGAGGAACAGCAAGCUUCUGUAUCUGUGUGGAGAUUGCACCCACCCGACCCCACCCGCUCCCCUCAGAUGAUUCCUUGAGACAUGACUGCACCUUCAGCACUUCCCUCUCAGCACCUUUUGAGAUAUUUAGUAAAAAAAAAAGCCCAUGAAGAUGACGAUCAUCAAAUAAAGAAUUGGAUGAGUUUAUUUUCCUGUGGGAACUUGUGGGGAUUGAGUAUUGUGAUGUUAGUAAAGUAAACAAAAAUAGAAAAGUAUUUAAAGUUUUAGUGCAUCUAUUUUUCAGUGAGUCAUGUGCUUAAGGUCUGGUUAGGAUGCUGACAAUGGGCUGACACGUAAAAGUCAGAAACACCUGCUUGAAGUCGAUGAGUACAUUUCUUUGUGUUUAAGUUAUUUGUGGUCAUUCACACACUUAAGUUAAAUAGAAAAAUAUUUUAGGUGGAAGAAUGAGCACCAAUAGCCAUAGUUGUUUUUUUUGUUUGUUUUUUUUUGUGUGCAUCUGUUUAUUUUUUUGGAGGGGGUCUUUUUUUCCCCCCCAGGGGAUUGGUUUUGCAGUUUAAUUUGUCCCAGCAGAAGGUGUUUAUGGAUUUUGUUUGUAAGGGAGGGGAAAAAAACGUACCCAACUUAUAACCAGCGCUCGGCCACAUUUCCAUAUAUCUGCACUGACAUAACAGCGGAAACUGUCAAGCAUGGAAAAAUACCAAAAUUAUCAAAAUUGCAGUGAUGUUGUCUUCAUUUCUUUCCUUUUGUUUAACUAGUAGCAGAGGGGGCAAAAGAUUCCCUUUUGAUUUUUAUUACCUUGCUUACGUCUGUCUAGUCUUUUUGUUGUUGUUGUUUUGUUGGUUUUCAUUGCAGUCUUGUUUGCUCCUCAGUGCACCUGAAUGAUUCCACCUGUCUUUUUCUUGUACCUUUGUUAAUUCUCAGGAUGUAAGAUGUGACUAUAUUAUUGUUGUAAUAAGACUGGAAGUGAUUUACAGUCCUCGUACAAUAGUCACCUUCAUAUCUUGUAAAAAGUAAUUGUAUAGCAACAUAAAAGCCAUGGUGCAUGAUGAAAUGAGAACUGUAAAAACGAUAGGACUUAGACGGUAAGAUAAUGUGAUGCCAUUUUCUUUUGUCCUAACGCGCACGAGCACAGAAGAAAAUGAAAAAUUAGCGAAUAAUCGUCAGAAUGCGGAAAGCUGCAAGCUUCUAGUGUUUUAUUAAAGACUUGACCUCGAGCUGCCUGGGAGUGUGCUGGGCUUUGUUACUCUGUACAUACACUUGCCUUAGAUAAAAGACUGAAUAUGUUUGUCUUAUACACUGAAAGCUUGAAAGCAUGCUUAGCAUUAUGGCUAUUUUCUUUCUGUCUUUAAUACUGUAUUUCCAUGGGUACGGUUGACUUGUGUGGAAGAGAUGCAACACAAUCCAAAGGGAGCCUUGUAACCUUAGCGACCAACAGCAGCUUUGACAAAUCAACAGAUGAGGAAGUGUAGCAUAGCGGUGCCACGUCACAGCAGGAGUUCUUUGUCUGUUUUUUGUUGAGCUUUAAAAUAUUGUUUUGUCUCAGUUAGAGCAGUAAAUACUUCAUUAUUCAUUGUCUUUGUGCAGAAUAUUAAAUACACACGGCACUUAAAAAAAACAAAAAAACUAAGAGAAAAAAGAAAGUUCUUUUGAUGUUGAUGUUAGACGCUUUCUUUAUACGCAAUGAGUGCUGCAGUACAUUAAAAGUAAACAUCACAGUGAUUUGUAUGCUAAAUGUGUAACCGCUCACCAGUCUUAAAGCUGGUGACUGGUUUCCUUUGAUCAUGAGAAAAUAAUGUAUUCACACAAUGAAUGACAGAGUCCUCUGCAGCUGUUGAAAUUCCAAUGUGAGGCCUCGCUGAAGCAGAUUAAAGGAGCCUAAAUGAGUCCUGCUUUCAAAGUCAUUUCGAAUUCUUGGGGUGGGGAGAAAGAAAUUAAAGAUGAUGGGAAAAGUCUUUUUCUAAUCUACACACUACUUUCGACGUUUAAAGAAAACUCAAAAAUGCGGUUGAUAAAAUGUAGAUUUUUCAGCUAGUCUCUGGAAGGAAAAGAGCAGGGGACCCCUGCUGGGGAUAAUGCGAUUAUGCAGAGGUCUUUUGUGAUUUGGGGAGAUGGGCUUUGGGGCUGUCAACAAAGCUCAUGUUACUCUGAUUUAACGCUUCUAGUGAAGGCUUUAUUUUGUUCCACAUUAGGAAUAAAUCGUUCAGAAAAUAUUGUAGUCACUGUUCUCGGAUAAAGCUGAGAAUCGUGGUUUGAAACAAAUUUGGCAACGACUUCCCAUAAUCCUGAUUCUAAAGGUGGUAGACUGAAAAUGAAAUGCUUUUCUUUACAUUUUCUUCAGGCAGGAUCUUUGAAAGAACCUGAAGUGUCCACAUCUUCUUUUUUUUUUUUUUUUCCCCCCUCUUUUAUUUACAUUUGCCUGUAAAAAUAUGACUGGAAGAGAUUGUGUAUUUGUUAAUUUUAAUAUUUCAAAGAGAUUAAUCACUGCAUAUGAUCUGUUGUAGAAAUAAAUUAUUUAAACAUGUAA